AUGAAACUCUCAAUUGCAACUCUAGCUGCUAUUGCUGCCUCUCAAGUGGGUGCCUCUGCACCGGAGGCUCAGCUCAGCGAAAUUUGGGGCGAGGCCUGGCCUUUCCAAGGAAUCAACACUUUUGCCCAUCUUCCUAGCCACAACUGCCUUGCCAACAGAGAUCUCCAGUACGAUAUCGCUUUAGUUGGCGUGCCCUUUGAUACUGCAGUGUCAUAUAGACCUGGCGCAAGGUUUGGGCCUAGAGCAAUUCGUGCAGCCUCUCAAAGACAGACGUCGCUCAGAGGUUUCAACCCAAGAGCCCUCUACAACCCAUAUAAGGAGUGGGCGUCGGUGGUAGACUGCGGUGAUAUUCCUGUAAGUCCUAUGGACAACAAUUUGGCAUUUGAACAAAUGACUACCGGGUUCGAGGAGCUUUUAUUUGAGCACCUGCUGAAGAACGAUGUGGCUGCAAAACCUCGCUACAUAGCGCUAGGCGGUGACCACCUGGUGCUUUUGCCCCAUAUCAGGGCCUUGCACAAGUUAUACGGACCCAUCAACAUCAUUCACUUUGAUGCCCAUCUUGACACUUGGAAACCGGACAAGUAUCCCAGCUACUGGCACUCUGCCCAGCUGGAAGUGACCCAUGGGCUGAUGCUCUGGAAAGCUUAUGAAGAGGGGCUCACAACAAAAAACAACGUUCACGCUGGGCUCAGAACAAAGCUCAGUGGCGCAGAGGAUUGGGACGAUGACGACGAGCAAGGAUGGUUGCGCAUCUCGGCCGACGAUGUGUGGCUACAAGGUGCUGACCACGUUAUCAAGCAGAUUUUGAAACGGAUCCCUAAAAACUCUCCCACGUACAUUUCUGUGGACAUUGAUGUGUUGGACCCUGCUUUUGCCUCGGGCACAGGCACUCAGGAGCCCGGUGGAUGGCAGCCAAGAGAGUUGAUUCAUAUUUUGCGGGGGAUUGAGCUGCUCAACAUUGUGGGAGCCGAUGUGGUGGAGGUGAGCCCUGCCUACGAUCACGCUGAGGUCACAGCAACGAACGGCGCUCAGGUUGCCUACGAAAUCAUCACUUCGAUGGCAAAAAGCGGGCCAUUGAAGCUUCCUACCGCCAAGGGCUUACAUGCUGAGUAUUCAAGACUGAAGCUGGCUUUCGAGGCAGUAGACGAUGUGGAGUUUGGCUACGACGCUGGCCACAAGGACACUCAAGAGGCACUUUCUGAACGAGCCAUGGCGUUGGAGAAGCGCCUUGCUGAAAUCAGGGAGUUGCAGAAACAGAAUGCCUAA